UCGACCGCUGGAGUUGUCCUAAAGUGAAGAUUCUCAUUCCUUUUAACCAGAUUUUAAGGUACUUUAAAGAAAAAAAAAAUCAACAAUUAUUUAAGCAGAAAUCAAAAAGGCAGAAACUUUUUAAGUAUUGUGUAAUUUGCUUGUAGAGAGUGAGUGAGUGAGUUAGCUUUUGAUAGCAGUCGAAAACGACACAGCAAUCAUAUUAUGCAUUUUCUUCUAUAAGGUUGGCUGCCGAGGCCUAAUCUCAUACACAACAACGCAAACACAAAAUGUUGUGUAGAAAGAAUUUCAGUUCUGUUGAUGAUAAUGGAGGAUCUGUGCCUGUGCACCUCAAUGUUUAUGAUCUCACUUCCAUCAAUGGCUACGCUUACUGGCUUGGCCUUGGAGUUUAUCAUUCUGGCGUUCAAGUUCAUGGCGUUGAGUAUGCAUUUGGGGCUCACGAGUAUCCAACAACAGGAAUUUUCGAAGGAGAACCAAAACAGUGCGAUGGAUUUACAUAUAGAAAGACAAUUUUGAUUGGAAAAACAGAAAUGGGGCCUGAAGAGGUAAGGGCUGUAAUGGAGGAACUUGCAGAAGAAUACAGAGGAAAUGCUUAUAAUUUGAUCACCAAGAACUGCAACCAUUUCUGCAAUGAUGCUUGCGUUAGACUCACUGGCAAUCCAAUCCCCAGCUGGGUCAAUCGCCUUGCAAGAAUUGGUUUUCUGUGCAAUUGUGUUCUUCCUGCAAAUGUAAAUUCAACUAAAGUUAGGCAUCUGAAAAUGGAAGAGAAAGUUGAUGAAACAGAGAAUGAAAAAUUAACAAGUGGAUCUAACAGAUUUGCAUCAGCUUCUAUUUCUUCUUCUUCUUCGUCUUCUUCUUCUUCUUCAUCAUCUCCUUCUGCAAAUCAAAUCCGAGGUAGAAGUAGAAGCAGACGCGCUCUUCCACCAUCUUCUCCUUUGCUUUCUUUAUCACCUUCAUGAUAAAAAAAUUUGAAGAUUUGAUUUUCCUUUUUCUUUCUGUUUAUUGAAAUUUUCCAAGUAAAUGAAGAGGGAAAAAAAAAAUAUUUAUAAUUUCUUUA